AAUGACUUCUUCAUUAUACUCUACAACUAAAUUGCAUAAUUAAGCAACACAUAUUCAAGUGAAUUGGAAUAUGCAGGAAGAUGCAGAUAUGCCAGAACUAGAAGAGCAUCAACAAUUGAAGGAAACAGUGAAAAACAUGUUCACAGACACUCCUCAAAAGUUGGAGAAGAUGAUCAACGACAUCCAACGGCUAGGAGUGAGUUACCAUUUCGAGAAGGAGAUCGAAGCAACACUGGAACGCAUGUUCGAGGCAUACGAUGAUCUCAACGCCAAAGACGUGAUGGAGAAUAAUGAUCUUUGUGCGGUUUCUCUCCGCUUUCGCCUUCUCAGACAGCAAGGGUAUUUUGUAUCUAGCAGUGUUUUUGAGAAAUUUACAGAGAGUGAUGGGAAGUUUAAGGAAUCGUUGAUCGGCAACGUGGAAGCAAUGCUAAGUUUGUACGAGGCGUCGAAUGUAAGGGUUCACGGGGAGAAGAUUUUGGACGAGGCCUUGAGAUUCACGAUUUCUCACCUGCAAUCGAUGCUUCCAAACAUGGCCCCGACGACCCUGAGAUCUCAUGUCACUAAAGCACUCAAACUCCCAAUCUGGAGAAGGCUAACAAGGAUUGAUGCUGUGGAGUACAUACAGUUUUACCAGCUUGAUGAGUCUCAUGACUCUGUCCUCUUAAAGUUUGCCAAACUGGACUUCAACAUCCUCCAAAAGCAACACCAGAGGGAGCUGGGCAAUCUUACAAGGUGGUGGAAAGACUUAGGAGCAGCAGAAAAACUGUCAUUUGCUAGGGACAGAUUGGUGGAGUGCUACUUGUGGACACUGGGAGUGUUCUUUGAACCACAUUAUAGUGCUGCAAGAGAGUUCUUCCUUAAAAUCAUUUCCCUCACUUCAAUCCUUGACGAUAUCUAUGAUGUUUAUGGAACCCCCGACGAGCUCCAGCUAUUCACCGACGCUUUCCAAAGGUUGGAUGCCAGUGUUGCAGAGGAACUACCCGAAUACAUGAAGAUCGUCUACGAUGCGUUCCUCGAGGCAUAUGCCAAGAUGGAGGGACGCGGCGGGGAAUCGUACCGCGUCAACUACGCGAAAACCGAGAUGAAAAAGCUCGUGGGUGCGUACCACGAAGAGGCGAAGUGGUUCCACGUGGGCGAGACGCCAACGUUUGACGAGUACAUGAGGGUUGCACUCGGAACAGGCGCUCAUCUUAUGUUGGCAACAGCCUCAUUGGUAGGCAUGCCGGAGGAUUUCAUUACCAAAGAGGCAUUUGAUUGGCUGAGCGAGGAUCCCUUGAUUGUCAGAGCUUCUGCAAUUAUUGGUAGAUUGAAGGAUGACAUUGCUGGACACAAGUUUGAGCAGGAAAGAGGGCAUGUGGAUUCAGCAGUGGAGCGCUACAUGAAGCAAUAUGGGAAGACAGAAGAGGAGGCAGUGAGAGAGCUAAAAGAAAAGGUGAGUGAUGCAUGGAAAGACAUUAGCAAGGAAUGUCUUAUUAAGCCAUUAUUUGCUGUGUUCCCAAUGCCCAUACUCACCAGAGUUGUGAAUCUUGCAAGAGUGAUUGAGCUGGUUUAUGAUGAAGAUGGAGAUUCAUAUACCCACUCCUCAAAGCUCAAAGCCAUUAUCACCUCUGUCUUGGUUCAUCCCAUUCUCUGAGUCAUUCUGAAUUUUCACAUCAGAGACAUAAAGAUUGUGGUAGACUCCGGCGUUGUUCGUGUGUCAAAGUUGGAGACCGGACGCUUGAACGGUUACGUUUGCACUUUCAACGCUCUUCCUACGACUUCUUCGUUUUUACCGCUUACGGAGAAAGGUAUAAAUUUCUUACUCACUA